GUACUUUCUUUCCCUCAUUCAACAUGCUGCAAUCGGUCUGGGCGAUUCUGAGUCAAAUCGUGGGGCUCGCGACAAUCGGUGGCUUGUCCGGGCAACUUCCUGUAGAGAAUGGUCUGAGCAGCGAGCUCCUGCAGAAGGAAGCCCCGCUCGCGUUCUCGGACGAAUUGCGUCUUGUCCAAUUGUCUCCGGGCUCUAAGCCGCAAUGGAUGACGGACAAGCAAAAGUUUGAGGCCAAGGCUCAGGGCAUUGACUUCGUUGACAUAACGGACGCGCCUCACCUUGGCAGUCUUUACAAAAAACCCGCUUCACCUACCCGCCCCCCGACUCCAGCUCGUCCAUCGUCCGCGCAUUUGACGUCCUACUUCACGCGGUACUACAAUUCCGACACUGGUAAGGAGAGCUCGGAAUGGCUCUACAGCAAAAUUCUGGCAUACACGGAUGAGCUGGCAUCGGAAGAGCAAGCAUCGAUGAUCAAUGUCAACCUGGUCGACCAUGCGUUCAAACAGCAUUCUAUUGUGAGUGGAGUGCGGCAUAGGCUUGCGCUGGAAAAUAAAUGGCGUCCAGAUCGUUCGAUUUGCGCCUCGAGCUCUGCUCCCUCGGACCCCAUCACCGUCAUGGGCGCGCACCUCGACAGUAUCAACCGCACGGAUCCGUACGGACGAGCCCCUGGCGCGGGAGAUGAUGGUUCCGGCACUGUGACCCUCCUUGAGACGUACCGUGGUCUGCUUGCUGCGGGUUAUGUUCCGGUUUCGCCGCUGGAGUUCCAUUUCUACGCUGGAGAAGAGGGCGGAUUGCUCGGCUCGUCCGCCAUCGUCAACGAUUAUGAGAAGGCUCACAAGGUGUUCGUGGCAUGUUGCAGUUCGACAUGA